GAAUACAUUGUCAAGACGACUACACGAUGGGUUGCCAUAUACUAUUUCUGUUAUUCCUAUAUGGGUCUGGCUUUACAUUUGCCAAUAAGCAAUGCUUAGGACAAAAUGAAGAACUACAAAAGCAAGGGAGGCCAUUUGUUUGGCUUGGUGAUGGGCCAGACUGCCAAGUGAAUACUGAAGACUGUCAACAAUUUGGAUUCAAGUAUUUAUGUAGUGAUGCUGCUGGCGGCAGCAACAGUGAAGACGUUUGUGAGUCUGGCUACAAAGUUCUUUGCGCUCCACCAUCCACCAAAGGUUUAGCAUCCCCAACUCCAUCAAACCAUUUUAAAACAGUAUCGUUGAACGCACUGGAACUUGACUUUGAGUACAGCAUUCUGUUUGUGAACUUCCACCAAUACAUAGGACAAAGGGAACGCACAUGCAGAAUUCCUGAUAUCCUUGCCCAACUUCAACCUGAUGUAGAUGCAAUUGUUUUUCAGGAGAUAUUUGUUGGUGGUUGUUUUCCUGACACACUAGAUAUCCGAGAAUUGUUAAGCUAUUAUGGGUUUAAGUAUAAUACUCCAACAGUAGGAAUAAACGAUAAUUCUUUUCUUAAUUUUGAAAACGGUGGCGUUUUUAUUGCUUCUCGCUGGCCCAUUGAAGAGUAUAAAGAGAUGAUAUUUGAUGCAGCAGACUUCACAACUGCCGACAACUAUGCAUCAAAAGGUGUGAUGUAUGCUAGGAUAUCAAAAUUGGUUGAAGAAAAAUCAUGUAUGUACAAUUUAUUUGGAACACAUAUGCAAUCGCAAGAGGGGCAAAGUAGAGAAAAUGUUCGCGAGGCACAAGCGAUAGAGAUUCUUCGAUUUGUUGAAGAACUUGGAAUCCCAAGCUCAGAAGCAGUGAUAAUAGCAGGUGACUUUAAUGCCAAUCUUAAUGGUUCCCCGGACCAUGCCAGGGCAGUGAUUUCUAACAUGGGCACUGUUGCACCCACAAUCACAGGCUCUCUUACAACAACAUUUGAUAUUACAGAAAAUAACCUUAUUAGUAUUGGUGCGGAAGCACAUCAAUGGUUAGAUUAUGUUGUGUAUAGUGGUUUGUAUCUGCAACCUCUACAGGCAUCUCUGGAGGCAUUUAAAGUUCAUGUUGCUGAACCAUUUCUGAUAUGCACUGAUGCCGGUACUGGGGAGUAUGUUCACCCUCUCAGUGCUGACUGUCAUGAAGCAUUAUCAACUAAGUUCUUAUCUGAUCAUUACGGAGUUGCUGGGACAUUUAUAUUUCCAACAGAUAAAAUGUCUUAAUUAAAAGUCUACGGCCAAUUAGAUAAAAAGAUUAGGAAUUAUUUGAAUGUUUUUUUGUUUUCUAAACAAAAUCUUAUUAACACUGUUAAUUCCAUAUGAUACUUUUAUUGAAGCCAAAUUUAUUCUUUACAUUUUAAAUUUAUCUAGGUACAUUGCAGGAUAUAUGAUUAAAAAAUAAGUAGUCAGUUAAAACAUUAAAAUAACUUUAAAUGAUGCAUAUAUAUGCUUACAUUUUGUAAUUUAUUAAUAACAAUAUUCCAUACAAUUUGUCAUAUAUAACUUAGGGCCCGUUCGAGCAAAAAACGCCAACCGUAUUCCGUUUAUUUCACCGGGUAAUCGCGCUGAGCACUCAGCGGGGGGUCAAUCGUUCGAGCAAGUUUUAGCUCACGGUAAAUACGUGUAACGAAACUACUCCGGAAGUAAAUUUCAACUUAUCCCAUGGUCAACCCAUUCUUUGUUUACUUGCUACUGCUGCUAUAACCAAGGAGGUAUACCUCCUUGCGGCCCACGUACACACAGUGCAGCACGGUGGAACGAUAAUGUAGCUCAAUAACUUAUAAUGGCUGCUUUAAAAUCUGUAUGUAGGCUAGUUUAUUCAAGUUUAUUUCUCCAAAUAAUGGUAAAUCUAAAAAUCAAUUGCGUAGCUAUGCUAAUAAAUUUAGAUUUUGUCGUGCAUGUGUAAGGAGGCAAAGGAGAGCUGCAACCACGUCUGGGCCGUAUCUUAUCGCGCUGGGCUGUGGGCAAAACAUUUGGAAAAACAAUUAAGCCUCCAUGGUCAUUCCAUACACGGCAUUCUACCCAGCAAAUUUGGUGGUCAAAAUUGUCGUGGAUAAUCCAGAUGGUAAGGUAAUUAGACUAGUGUCCGAGCGGUUUUAGAAAGUGUGUACCGGUGAAUUAACUGGCAAAUCGCACGGAUAUUUUUUCACUCGAACGGGCCCUUACUGUACUAUCAGCAAAAACAAAUAAAACCUUAAUUUUCAACUAAAAUACUGGUGUUAUGCAAAAUACACACAUAGCUUAUUAAGCCAGUACAUUCAGAAGUAACAUAUUGUACUGCACUCAU